AUGGUUGAUGUAUCAAAUUUCGAUUUAUAUCAGUUAUUAGGUAUUACAGAUGAAACAUGUACGAGACAAGCUUUAGUAAAAGGAUUUCGUCGUCAAGCAUUACGUUGUCAUCCAGAUAAAUUUCCAGAUGAUGCAACAGCAAAUGAACGCUUUUUAAGACUAAGUAAAGCAUUUGAAAUUUUAAGUGAUAAAAAAGCACGUGAUGCCUAUGAUUCAUGUCGUUUACAAAAAAAAAUUCAAGAACAAAAAUAUCAACAAAUGGAUGAUAGACGAAAAAAAUUUAAACAAACAUUAGAAGAAAAUGAAAAACAAGCACAACAAAAAACUCAGCAAACAACCACAACAUCUUCCACUCAACAAACAGCCAAUGAAAAAUUUAAAAGUGAAAUUGAACGAUUACGACGAGAAGAUGAAUUAGAAAAAUUACAUUUAUUUAAUCAAAAACAGAUGAAUAGUGAUGAUUAUUUAAAUUUUGAUGGUUGUCGUAUUAUUAUCAAAUGGAAUACAAAUGAUUUAUCAAAACAAUUAUAUAAUGAAAAAGAAUUAGAAAAUGUUUUUAGUAAAUAUGGUUGUAUUCAACAUAUAGUUUUUAAAAAUUCUAGUGCAAUUUUAGAAUUUGAAAAUGAACAUGUAUCACAUAUAAUUGAACAAGAAAAAGGUCUCGAUGAUCAUGUACAAUUUAUAUCGAUUAGAAUAAUUCAAACACAAAAACAAACAACAAAACUAAGAACAAGAACAGAAACGAGAAAAAAAGAAGUAAAACAAAAUUUUGAAGAUUAUGAAGCGACAAUUCUUAAACGUUUGGCCAGUUUUCAAAAUAAUCAAGCAACGACAACAGCGUGA